CCCAAGCUAAAUUCAAUUCAACAGUCAAAACAUGACGACACCAGCUCUCCUGCCGCUGUCGGGCCGCAGGAUACCCACUCUGUCGCCGGGUGCCUCCUCUUUCCCGCACCACAGGGCUACGUUGAGGCUCUCCGAGAAGUUCAUCCUCCUCCUCAUUCUCAGUGCCUUCAUCACCUUAUGCUUCGGGGCCUUCUUCUUCCUCCCGGACAAUUCCAAGCACAAGCGCUUUGACCUGGGCUUGGAGGAUGUGCUCAUCCCUCAUAUUGACUCGCCCAAAGAGGGGAAGCACGCUUCUGGACAGGUGGUCAUACAUGGACAGGGAGGACACGACGAGCACAGACACCGGGAGGAGGAGGAGAGCCUGCGGGACAAGAUUCGGGCGGACCAUGAGCGAGCACUGCAGGAGGCGAAGGAGAAGCUGAGAAAGUCACGUGAGGAGCUGCAGGCUGAGAUUCAGACGGAGAAGAACAAAGUAAUGGAGGACCUGAAAAAGAAGGACGCGGGGCCUAAACCUUUGCCGCCCGUCCCCAUGCCCAAAGUGGUGGGCGUCAGUGAUGGUGAGCCACCGGAGCCUGACGCCAAAGAGAAACGCGACAAGAUAAGAGAGAUGAUGAAGCAUGCAUGGGACAGCUACAGACAGUAUGGCUGGGGUCAUAACGAGCUGAAGCCCCUCGCCAAAAAAGGACAUUCCACAAAUAUCUUUGGCAAUUCCCAACUGGGGGCGACCAUCGUGGAUGCCUUAGACACCCUCUACAUCAUGGGUCUGCACGAGGAGUUCAAGGACGGCCAGGAGUGGAUCGAACAGAACCUGGACUUUGGAGUGAAUGCCGAGGUGUCUGUGUUUGAGGUCAACAUUCGUUUCAUUGGAGGACUGCUGGCCGCCUACUACCUCUCUGGACAGGAAGUAUUCAAGCUGAAGGCGGUCCAGCUCGCAGAGAAACUGCUUCCUGCCUUCAACACCCCCACAGGAAUCCCCUGGGCCAUGGUCAACCUUAAGAGUGGUGUUGGUCGUAACUGGGGUUGGGCGUCGGCAGGCAGCAGCAUCCUGGCUGAGUUUGGGACUCUCCACAUGGAGUUUGUCCACCUCACCUACCUGACAGGAAACCCCGCCUACUACCAGAAGGUGAUGCACAUCCGCAAGCUGCUAGCCAAAAUGGACAGACCCAACGGGCUCUACCCAAACUACCUGAACCCUCGUACAGGACGCUGGGGACAACACCACACCUCAGUUGGAGGACUUGGGGACAGUUUUUACGAGUACCUGCUGAAGGCAUGGCUUAUGUCAGACAAGACCGAUACAGAAGCCCGCAAGACCUAUGAUGACGCCAUCGAGGCCAUCGAACGCCACCUGAUACGCAAAUCCAACGGCGGCCUGACAUUCAUUGGUGAGUGGAAGAACGGCCACCUGGAGAGGAAGAUGGGCCACCUGGCCUGCUUCGCCGGCGGCAUGUUUGCGUUGGGCGCUGACGGCUCGCCCGACGACAAGGCCGGACACUACCUGCAGCUGGGAGCUGAGAUCGCACACACCUGCCAUGAGUCCUACGACAGGACGGUGCUGAAGCUCGGCCCGGAGGCCUUCAAGUUCGACAGCGGCCUGGAGGCGGUGGCCGUACGGCAGAAUGAAAAGUACUACAUCCUGCGGCCGGAGGUCAUCGAGACCUACUGGUACAUGUGGAGGUUCACCCACGAUCCCAAAUAUCGACAGUGGGGCUGGGAGGCAGCACAGGCCAUUGAUAAGUACUGCAGGGUGAGUGGAGGUUUCUCCGGGGUGAAGGAUGUCUACUCCUCCAACCCGACCUAUGACGACGUGCAGCAGAGCUUCUUCCUGGCCGAGACGCUCAAGUAUCUGUACCUGUUAUUCUCCAGCGACGACCUGAUGCCGUUUGAGAGUUGGGUCUUUAACACAGAGGCUCACCCACUUCCUGUCCUCCACCUGGGCAACAUCACCCUGCCUGGCAGCGAGCCGGCUCAGCGGUAGACGGACCGGCCAUCUUCCUCCGCCACAGCACCAGGGGGCGCCACUGUAUGCCCGCCUGCCUGCCCCAGAAUCCCACCCACCAACACUGGACAAAACUCUACAUUCAACUCUACAGACUCUCAUCUGCUUUCGGACUGCAGACAUCUACCAGAGGGGACGGAGGGAGGGCCUCGCACGCAGACCACUGCAGCGUGGAGAGGACUUUGAGUCUCCCUCGCUUCUUCUAUGUUUUACUCUUUGACACUCUCUGUCGAUCUCUCUGUCUUCUCUGCUUUAAUCAGAAAGACGGUGGGUGUUGCUGCUCAGCCUCACGACUGGCGUGACUUGACUCUGAAGGACCGAGCUCCAAAUCCGGAGGCUUGAUUUAGUUUUUUUUUUAUUAUUUUUAGUGUUGAUUUGAGAUUUGACCAAACUUUUCUCUCUACAGACUCCAAGGCACUGAGAGUGCAGUAUGGGCUUUUUGGUGAAGGAUUACGUCUGUUUGACACUGUACUGAUGGAAGUGUCAUUUAUUUUUUCCAGGCAGACAGACAGACUUGAGGACUUUACCGGGUCUGUUGAUAAGGUGUGGGUUUUUUUUUUUUCCCGUUUGAACAAAUCUUUAAUGGGGACACAGGGUUGAAUCAAAGCCCAUUCGCUUCUCCCUGAACCCAGCCCCUACCCAUUUCACUUCCUGUUUACUCUUCAUCGGAUGAACUUUGACCUGGAAAUGCUCUUCCCAUCAUCAGUGGGAGGGUAGGUUGUGGCAACAAUCCCCACCUCCUCUUCCUUUUCCUCCUCUUCUUCUCAUCUUUUCAAAAAAGUGGACCAUUGUAAGUGGAACGGUAACUACAUGGUGACGGCAGCAGGCCUCCCCCCAUCUUCACCACUCUCCACCUCGACAUCUUUCCAGAUUCUCCUCCAGUUAGACGUCACCGAGCCACAACCCCAAACAUUCUGCUGCUACUCGUUUGGAUGCUGCUCUUCUUUUUUCUUAAAUCUCUCCACUCCACCUUUUUUUUCUAUCAACUCUUCUGUCCUCUCUUCCGUUCUUUUAUUUCCUUUCUAGGGCUGUCAAAAUUAACGCGUUAAUUUUUGCGUUAAUUUUUUAAUAUUUAACUCGU